UUUCCUUUCAUUGAGUACUUGGUUCAAGUUCUUUGUCUUUGGGACAAUGAUCCUUAUAUAUAAAACCCAACAUAUGAUGAGGACAAUGUGAACCAAACCAAAACUUGUCCAACAAAAAACACAAAGAAAGAUGGAGAGUUCAAUGAGACUUGAAUACUUGAUGACUGUCUUUGCUGUUUCCGGAGGCAUGGUCCUUUUGUUUCACCAAGCCAAUAAGCAUUUGUGCAACAAAUUCUUGAAGAAAUUUGAGUAUGAAAUUAGAGGUUCAACAAAACAUGAAGCAAAGAAGAAGGUGAGGUUUGCAAAAGACAAGGUGGAAGUGAUUCCUAAUGAGAAUAUUUCUGAGAGUGAUAGCAUAAGCUAUGCAAAGGAACAAGAUGUCAUUGCUAAGGUUAUGGAUUUGGAUGAUGCUGAAAAUUGGAAGCAUGAUGAGAAAUUUAAGGAUGUCAUGCCUCCAAACAGGGUAGUUCUAUAUAGGGGGUUGAUGAAUAAUAGGAAGGAGAGGUUUGAUGUUUGAUAAUUUCGAACACCCCAAAAAAAAAAAUCUACAUUUGGGCAUCUAGUUCUAUUAAAUAGUUUAAGGAAUAAAAGAUUGAUUGAGGGUUCUUGAAGGAUGUAGCAAAUUACCUUCUUUUUUUUCUCUUUUUUUGCUGAAAUUGGGUUAGGGUUUUGGUGGGAUGGGUUUCUAAAAGGAAGUUGCAAUUAAGCAUGUAAUUUUGUGUAAUGUGAAUAAACUAGCUAAUUUGGUUUGGAAUAUUAA